CUGACUACAUCAAAAUAUAUCCAAAAAUGUAAUCCUCAAAAUAAGGUGCUCCAAUAAACUAAUAAAAGUAUACGUGAAUGAAAAUUAUAUAGACACAGUUUGCAUAUCGAUACAAGAUGUCAGGAGAAUUUUACUUACAUUUUGAAGACGUUUUACCAAAAACUGGAUGGGGUUUAUACUACAAAUUCAUGAUUGGAAUGGCUUGUGCUUCGUGUUUUGCUAAUGCUUCCGCAUUUCUUUGUAUACCAAUAGCAAUUCCUCUGUCAUCUUGUGAAACGGAAAUCACUCCAAAUAUUUUAUACGCAGUUUUCAUCAGUUUUACAAUUGGAAGGAGUUUUGGUGGAAUUGUCGAUUGUUUUUGUGAUAUAUUUGGAAGAAAGAGACUUUUAACCCAGAGUUUAGUAGUGAAUUUUGUGACUACUUUCAUGGCAGCAUUCGCUUACAACAGUUAUAUGAUUAUUUUUGCAGUUUUCUUUUUAGGAAGCUCAUUGGAACACCAAAGAACAGUAGUAAAAAUUCAUCUAGCAGAAAUAUUACCAACGAAAAAGCGCGGACGUUAUUUAGCUUUAUGUGACUUAUUUUGGAUGUUGGGAUUUCUACAAGCUUCAAUUGUAGCAUAUUAUUUCGCUAGUCCAAGUUACGUGGAACAUAGAGUAAUUGAUAUGCGGGUUACAACAUGGAGAAUGCUGUUUGCUAUAUCUGGAGGAAUCAAUUUGAUAUUGGCUUGUGCAACAGCUUUACUAGAAGAGAGUCCAAGGUUCUUUUUGCACGCUAAAAAGGAUUACCUAGCAGUGUUAACAUUGAAACAAUUUUACGCUAUCAACAAAUCUAGUUAUGGUAACUCUUUUGAUAUAAAAGAAGAUGACAUUAUGAACACUGUUCUUGACUACGGUCUAUUUUACCAAUCGGAUAAUACAGGAUGUCUCAGAAUAACAUUCGAUAUAAUGAGUAUGGUAGGAAAAGGCAUGAAAUUAUUAUUUUCAAGACCAUUUUUAACAGUGACGUUACCCCUAAUAGCUCUUCAAACUUCCCUUUCCAUUUUGAAUAUAGUGAGUAUGAAUAUUUUAAUGGCAAAAUUAGUAACAAGUGAAAAUUUGAGUAGUGGUCUCGAUGUUGUUUAUUUACAUCCAUAUGAAAAUAACACAAUGUGUCCACGUAUAGGCGAGAAUAAGCUUUUCUAUAACUUUCUCAUGAUAUCUACUAACGUAAUAAUUGGAGAAAUUUCCGCGAUAUGGAUUUUAGAUCGCGUCGGUCGGAAAAUCCCUUUAUAUAUAGGUAUGUUUCUAGUUGGAAUAUCUUUUAUUAUACUACACUUCGUCGAAGAUGGAAUGACAAGAAUGAUCAUAUGUUCGCUUCUUAUGUUCUUGUUUAGUAUAGCGACAACGGCACUGUCAGUUAUCAAUAUUGAAUCCUAUCCAACUGCAAUUCGUGGAACGUCUCAUUGUGUAAUAGCAUUUGUAGGUAUAUUACUUUCGUUAUUGAUUAUCACAUUCUUUCAUCUUUACGCGAAUUGGUUUCUUAUAUUAAUGGGAAUCUUAUUUAUUAUUACUACAAAUAUCAACUACUUUGUUAAAGAUUUGAAACAGAAACCGAUGGUAGAGUGACAAUUGUUAUAGAAUCAUUCAAAAUAUUUGUCAAUAAAAUGAUGUUUGUUGUU